CCGGCGGCGUUGGGCAGGGGUCGGCGCCCGUCGCAGGCGGCUACAUGCCACCACCGCCAGGCAUGGGCGCUCCCUUUGCGAUCCCGACAGGCAUGCCGGCCGUGCCGCGGCCCUCGCAGAGCGCCGAAGCCUCCGGCGCUGGCAGCAGCAGCCAGGCUGCGACUCGGCCGCCUGAGUCCACUGCGCCCAAGGCAGCUCUGGAGGGCAUCUCUCGCGUCAGGAACGGAUGGUGAGCACCGCGCCAGAUUGCUGCCUGCGCCUUCUGACCGGCAUCGUGCAGGCGCUACAGGCUCGUGGUCGUGCAGCAUCCCAGCCGGGCACGCAUGUGCGGCUUCGGAGACAAGGUGUGUGCCGCUUAUGCGCUCGACAUCGAGCUGUAGCUCACCACGCGUGCUGCUGCCAGGACCGUCGGCCGCUCAGCCCGACCUUGAUCGUCAAGCUCAUCAUCACAGACGAGGCCACCGGCAAAGACGUGCCUCCAUGGUGAGCGUUGGUGUGCAGCCACGGCCGGCCUUCUGGCUGACCUUCUCCUGCAGGGACGUCAACACCUCCCUCUUCUUCCUCGCCUCCGAUCUCUGCCAUCCCGACGAGCUCAUGGCGUCGCCGCGCAACGUCCUCGUCCAUCACCACGCGGCGACGGUGCCGGCCUCCAGCCUGCAGCAGCCUGCUGGCUCCGCAUCCGACGGCGCAGCUUUCUCCGCCUCUGUGCUGAGCCCAGUACCGCACGACGGAGCAGGCUCCUCGGGCGGCUCGGGCGGCGUGACGCCCAGUGGCCUGCCGUCGUUGGGCUCCCUCAACAUCGGUCGCUCUCGCUCCUCAUCCGACGGCCGCGGCGACGCCGGCGAGCACUUCGACCCCGCAGGCGUGGCCAGCGGCAGUCUGACGACCAUCACCACCGAGUCGUACACGCGCAACCUCGUCGGCGCCGCCGUGGCCAGCGCCAACGUCUUGAAGGACGAGCAGGACGUGUUCCGCAUCUUCUUCGUGCUGCAGGACCUCUCGGUGCGCACAGAGGGCUCGUACCGCAUCAAGCUGGUCUUCGCGGAUCUCGCACAGGAUGGGCAGACGAACGACGGCGUCUCCAACGCGCUCGCAGAGGCGUACACCGAGCCGUUCACCGUCUACUCGCCGCGCCGCUUCCCGGGCAUGCACGACCCGACGGAGCUGUCGAAGAAGCUGGCGGCGCAGGGCGUCAAGAUUGCCACACGCUCCGACCGCAAGAAGCGCCGCCGCGACUCGGCGGGCCCUUCGGGCGGCGGCGGCGACGGCGGUGAGGGUGGCGAAGACGAGGAAGACGAAUGACAUCACCUCUAGCCGAUGCUGCGAGUGUCAGUCAGACCUGCUCUGGCCUUGCCC